AUGCCUCACAGGAACUGCUCCGUUGAGAUCUGCAAUAACUCUGGCGGCUACACGCUGGUCAACCCGCGGGUCUUCAUCGAGAGCGGCGGCUGCGACAUCCCUCUGCCCUGCGUGGUGGGUCCGUACUCCAAUGUCAGCGCGCUCUUCAACAAAACCACAGGCGCCGCAGCAGGCGCAGUCGGUGUCUUCACAUACGACCUGCUCAACGCCGACCUGAACGAUUACAGCCACGUGCUCGCCGUCAUGUUCUCCGUCCCUUACGACAGGAACAUCUACUCCAACUGGUUUGCCGUGGGCAUGCUGGAACGUGGCAGCAGCUGCGACUACGCGCUCUAUGACCUCAUGUACAACGCCAGUGAGAGAAACUUCGUCAGGGCGAAGGCCGACGGCUCGUCCGUGUCCUUCCAGGGAGACUACAUCAUUGCCAGCGCCUCCAUGUCGGACGCCGGGGAAGCCAUCCUGCACGUGGAGCUCAACGACAUCGGCAUGUUUUAA